CAUGGACCCUGGUGAAGCUCCGGCAGAGGCUGCGCCCGGGCGCGUGCAAACCCGCGUGCACACGCGAGCGACCCUGGGCGUGCGCGAGCGGCUGCUCCCACGCGGCCUCGAUCCGAAGGGCCCUGCGCGCGGAGCUGCUGACGCUGCUGAGCAACAUGGCGGACGCGGCUCUGGCCUUGCACGCGCUGCCCCGGGGCCCCUGGCGCCUCCCGCCCUGGCUGUCGGGGCUCCUGGGCACCGCGUCCUCGCUGCUCGGCGCCUGCCAGGCCGCGGCGUGACACGCCCGCGUGCAACGGGCACACGCGUGGGCACGCCCGAGUGUGCAAGCGACAAUGCCCGCGCGUGCAAGCGACGCCAUCAAGCGUGCAAGCGACGCCAUCAAGUGUGCGACGCGCCCUCCUGCAAGCGGCGAUGCCCGGGUGUGCACGGGACUGGCCCGCGCGUGCAAGCGACAUCGAGUGUGCAAGCGACGCGCUCUCGUGUGCAAGCGACGCCACCGAGCGUGCAAGCGACAUCGAGUGUGCAAGCGACACGCCCGACUGCAAGCGACACCACUGAGCGUGCAAGCAAGACGCCCGCGCGUGUGCAAGAGGCAACGCCCGAGUGUGCAAACGACACGCCCACGUGCAAGCCCAUCCGGGGCACACGCACGAGCGAGCGUGCUUCAGUCGUGCCCCCGGGUCCCGGGUGGGUCCAUUAAACGCCUUGACGGUGCCA